AUGCUCCUCCGCGCGACCCGCACUUUCCGCCCUGCCGCGCUCCUCGCGCGCGGCAACUCGUACUACAUCGCCCCUCCUGUGCCGACGCACCCCCACCACUCGCCCUCUGCCCCCAUUCCUCCGCCCCCGCCUGGAGUCGAGGUCGACCCCCAGCUUCACGGUUACCCUCAGCUUCCUGAGGUGUCGCUGCAGCUCCGGGAACCAUUCGGAUGGUGGGACAUCCAGGAGCGCAAGAACUUCGAUGAGCCGGUCAUGGAGGAGGAGGACUACCUCGGCAUGUGGGGGCCUGACGUUUUCAAGAUCGGCGGCGGCGCCGCCCUUCUGGCGCUGACAGCUGCGCUCGGCCUCGUCGGUGCCUUCGGCUGGUUCGUUUACGAGACCUCUCCUCCUCUGAAGGCCGUGCGUCGCGAGUACCCCUACGGUGGACUCGAGAAGGCGCUGGGAGGAUACCCUGCCCGCAAGGAGCAGGACGACGUUGAGGAGUAG